CGUAAUCUGCUCGGUCUCUGUUCCCCUCCCCCUAUCUCCCUUUCCUUCUCUGCCACUGCCGCCGCCUCUCGCCGCGUCGCCGGCGGCGGACGACGCGGAGGCUCAUUCCGCCGAUUUUCCAGUCGAGCGGCGGCGGCGGCGGCGGCGGCGGCGUAACCCUCCUGCUCAUCCCCGCCGGCCCUCCGUUCUCCAACGCCCGUCAUCGGCCGCGCAGAUCCGAUCCAAGCAGCCAUGGAUGAGUGGAUUCGCCAGGCCGAGUUGUGGGGGCGCCAGGCGGAGGCCUGGAUCCGUCAGCAGCCCCCGGAGCAGAUCUACGUCGCGGCCGCGGUGGUCGCCCUCACAGUCCUGGUGCUUAUCGCAGCAUCUUGUCUGAAAUCCUCGAAACCGAACACCAUAGUGCUAUCUGGGCUUAGUAGCAGUGGCAAAACUACUCUUUUCUACCAGCUUCGGGAUGGAUCAUCACAUCAAGGAACUGUGACUUCAAUGGAAGAAAACAAUGAUACAUUUGUUCUGCAUUCGGAGAAAGAAAGGAAAGGCAAAGUAAAACCUGUGCAUAUUAUUGAUGUUCCUGGUCAUCCAAGGCUCAAACCCAAGCUUGAUGAAGUCCUGCCUAAAGCAGCUGGGGUUGUUUUAGUUGUUGAUGCUCAAGAUUUCUUGUCCAGCAUGCAAGCUGCAGCAGAGUAUCUGUAUGACAUUCUGACAAAGGCAAGUGUAGUGAAGAAAAGGGUUCCUGUGCUUAUAUUCUGCAACAAGACUGAUAAAGUUACAGCCCAUUCGAAGGAAUUCAUCAAGAAGCAGUUGGAAAAAGAAAUAAACAAGCUCCGCGAAUCAAGGAAGGCCAUUUCAUCAGCUGACAUCUCUGAUGAGGUCCAGCUUGGUGUCCCUGGAGAGGCAUUCAACUUCAACCAGUGCCAGAACAAGGUGACGGUCGCAGAAGGCGCUGGCUUGACCGGCAAUGUUUCGGCUGUCGAGCAAUUCAUCCGUGACUAUGUGGAGGCGUAGAUCCUAAUUGGCUCACAGGAAGACGGCAAGACUCAAAGACAUCCAUUGCGCCAAUCUGGAGUUCCUGCAUAUACCUACCUUUAUCUGGUUUGCUGACCUUUUUAGAGAAUCUUAGCAUUGCAUUGCUAACACCUGACAGUUAAUGGGUAUGAGUGUACACAUCGUGUUAAUUAAGAACUAUACCUGGCUGUAUGGUUCUUCUUUUUCACUAUCCAACUUUGAUACUUCCUUGGUACUGUUUUGUUGCAGCUGGAAUUACACUGAGGGUAUGCAAUUUUUUAGCUACAAAAAGUUUGUGUUA